CUCUUUUGUUGACAUUCUCACACCCCAUUUCAAACCACACUACAAUGCCACAAUGGUCCUAACAGCGUCGCGAUACCGGGCACGCAAGCAAAAGGUCUUCUGGUCCGUUUUCCAGACGGAUGUCUCAUCGCCCACGCCCCGUUCAACUCCCGUUGCAGCCUUCACCGAUCAAGGUGCUGCCUUUGGAGGUCCCCACGCGUCACCUCAGCAUGCUCCCCCACCACCACCACCACCGCCUCUCUUUCACGAGACUCUCCAACAUGCCGAUGACCAGGUGAGGUGGGAUCGAGCAUGGCAUGCUGUCACAUCCAAGAUCCAACUACCAACUUCAGUUGCGGUUGAAGAUUCCUUUGGCACUUUGCCUCCAGAGUCACAAGACGUUGACUUGGAUUUCCGUGAUUCCCUAGCUCUACUUCUCUACCCUGGCCGCUCUUUGCCCCAGGCAGCCCAUACAGAAGAUAUCCUCCUUUGGCACACACACCAAGUUCGCCAGCACUUUAUUCACCAUGUUAUGCCACUGUUGUCUGCGUGUUCCAGUCAGGGUGAUCACACACAGGUCUUGGCCUCAAGUGUCUCGACUCUCGAAGCAGCUCACAGGCAAUAUCUUUGGGGCUUGACACUCAUAGUCCAAGGCUACGAGGACGACGCUUCUGCUAACGCAUCUUUUUCAAAGUUUCGUCGUGAUUUACAUACCAUCAUUGGUAACUCUCUCAACCAAGGCUUGACGAAUGCCCUGACAAGUGUCUUACAGCGGCUCAUCCGUUCUAGCCUUGGUAUAGGGAGACGCUAUGAUGGAAUAUUAGAAUCACAAGACAACUGUGGCGAUUCGGCGGUUCGGGAAGAGCUUCUGGGACUUCUUGAGUCACUUAAGAAUGUUGGACUUGUAGGGGAGAGAUUUCAAGUGCUCUUCGCCGAAAUCAUGGAUGCCAGCAUGGAGGAAUUUAUCAAGACCUCCUAUUCAGGAUUCUGGAAAGCGUCUGAACAGUCGUCAACGCCAGGCUCAAGUACCUUGACUGGGUGCCUUGGUCAUCUUUCAGAUUGGGUUGAAAACCAGUACGGUCGCCUCGCUGUUGAGGUUUUCAGUCGUCUUGAAACUCGUAUCGCUUGGAGCGACGUUGAAUGCUGGAAGGAGAUCGCGGUAGGUCGCCUUGCUACUCUGCGAAUCCAAGAACUAUUUGAUAUCGCCUUGAACUGGCCCGAAAGCCGAGGCGGACUCGAGGAUCUUCGUCUGGCCGUUUCUACGCCACAACGUCGCCUUCAAUUGACCGACACAUUCUCACUCGCUCUUCAGAAGCGACUCCUUCACCCUGGACGAUCCACCUCCGAUAUCCUUCAGACGUACAUUUCUAUGAUAAGGACAUUUCAUGCCCUGGAUCAUUCAAAGGUUCUCCUUGAUCGUGUCGUUCACGCACUACAGCUGUACCUGUGCCAGCGGGACGAUGCCAUUAGGAUCGUGGUCACAGGCUUGCUCUCUAACCCGAGUGAGGCUAGUACGGAGGAGGGAAAGGCAAAGCUUGCGGAGUUGGCAGUGUUGCUCAACUCAGCUUCUCAACAGCAACGGCGCCAGGUCGACGACGAGGAUCUGGACUGGAACGACAUGACCUGGGUGCCCGAUCCUGUGGACGCAGGUGUCAACUACAAGAGACCUAAGAACGAGGACGUCAUCGGAACUCUGAUCAACGCGCUUGGCUCUCAAGAGAUUUUUAUCAAGGAGUUCCAACUUAUCAUCGCGGAGCGAUUGCUUUCUAACCAGGGAAACUUUAUACAAGAGACCAAAGUACUGAGCCUGCUUAAAAAGCGGUUCGGCGACAAUGCUUUACAAAAUUGCGAUGUCAUGAUGAAGGAUAUUCAAGACUCAAAAAGAGUCGAUGCAGUUCUCGGAAAGAAUGUUUGUCAACCGUCGCUUGAUUCAGGAGCACUGGCAUAUCACUCCAAGAUCCUCUCCCGACUCUUCUGGCCAACCUUACCUAAAGACCCUUUCACAGUUCCGCCACCCGUUGCCGCGAUGCGGGCCAGAUACGAACAAGGGUUUGAGCGACUCAAGACCUCUCGGAAACUCACUUGGUUGGAUCAGUUAGGUACUGCAACUGUCAAACUUGACUUCGAGGACCGCACUGUCGAGCUUGAAUGCAAGACUUACGAGGCUGCUGUGAUAUACGCGUUCCGGGACGACAGCACUGAAGGCAAAUCCGGCCCCACAGAACGAACUUUCGACGAGAUAUGGCAACAGCUCAUGAUAGACGAGGAUCUUCUCGACCUGGCUCUAAAAUUCUGGAUCUCCAGGAGAGUGCUCCGUGAUGUUGGCAGCCGAACCUAUGUUGUCUUGGAGCGUUUGAAUGAGGGUGAACAAGCAGGUGAAUCAGGUGAUCCUGGUGAAGCUCAAGAACUUGGCAAUGACAGCCGCUCGUCUCCUCGCAAGCCUAAAAUCGAUCCCAAGGAGCAGGAGCGCCGAACUGUAUACUGGCAGUUCAUUGUAGGCAUGCUGACAAACUCAGCACCAACUAUGCCACUUGGACAGAUGCUAAUGAUGAUGAAAAUGCUGAUUCCCGAUGGCUGUUCCUGGACUAAUGAGGAGUUGCAGGAGUUUUUGGCCGAAAAGGUGGCGGAGAAUAAAUUAGAGCUAGCCGGCGGCAAGUAUCGCUUGCCGAAGAAAUGAGAAUAGGCUACUCGAACAUGAGCGUUGUUGAGGGUCGAAUGUCUGCAUCAUGGGGUUCGAGCGAAGUGAGUACUGGCUGCAGUGUCACCCUCUCGACAAACCAACACGGCGCUGGAGCCCGUCAGCGCAUGCUUGCACCACAGCACAAACACUCGGGACCGAGCAAGAGAUUGACGAGCCGAGACGACUGUUCGAUGGCGAAUAUGUCGUGGUUGCCGCUGCCGUAUCGGAAGGGAGAGGGAUAUAUUCUUGUUCCAUCCUCCUGUUGUUUUGUAUAUGAAUGAGGCCUCGCUUUGCAUCGAAACGUGGCAGCAAGAAGACGGAGCCUAGGGGUCACAUGUAUAACCGGCUCAGCUCAACAGCCUUGAUACAUCAUCCUUGCUCCUAUGUCGUGCCUGGGGGGGAUUUAUUUAUGUACUUUGUUGUGCGUUGCUCCAAGCUUCCAGCCGAGGCCGGGCAAACAGCCAGAAUAGGAAAUAUGAAUCAAGCUGCCUCAAAUGAGCGGACCCUCCGAGUGUUUGUGAUCUUCACCAGGGUUUAAGAAGUUUACAUAGCGAAUAAGGCGUUUGCUUUUGAAGGACACCGGGGAGUGUUCUUUGCCAUCUUCAGAGUUGACUUAGUGCAGAUCUGGAAUGGCAAGGGCACCAACAACGUUCUGGGUAGAUCCUACGGGUUCCCAAACACCGAGGGACCAGCUGAUGUUUCGUUUCGUUUCGUGGGCUAAAGUGGUUGCAGCUAUUGGCUCCUCAGAAUUUCGAUGAGGGUGAUGUGUAGACACGUGAGGCUGAAGGGCAUCUUGCAGUGCUUUUAAGGUUUCCUUAAGUGCUUAACAGCUCGGUCAACGGCUCCAAUGGGCAGGAAGGAAAGUGCAUGAUGGAUCCAUGUCAUAUUUCAGUCACGGCGAUUUCAAUGCACCACAAAGAUUGAAUAUCGGUAUUUGGUCCAGCCCAUCCUCGAAAUCCCUUUCCGUGGCCGUAUCCGAUUUUCCAUAG